AUGAGGCGGGCGCUACUUGAGCGACCUCCUCUCAGAACUGCCUCCGAGUCCGCCUUCGGCUGCGUUUCGCGUGGAGGCAGGGGAGAAGAGACAGCUUUAUGUUGCAUAUCUGCAAUCAUGACAGCAGUGACGGCCACCAUCCUUGUUCUUACCACAGUUACUCUUCUGUCUACAGGAAAGAAAUUCCGAUGGUGCACCCUUUCUGACCUGGAGCAGAAGAAGUGUGCAGAGCUUUCCAAAGUGCUUCAGAGUGUGUUGCCUCCUGCCACAAUCAGUUCCUUUGCCAGAGUUUCCUGCAUUAGAGCUCAUAACACCCAUGACUGCAUUGAAAAGAUAAGGGUGAAUAAAGCAGAUGCUGCCUCCUUGGAUGCUGGAGAUGUUUAUUCUGCUGUAAAGCUUUAUGGCCUGACCGUGGUGGCAAAGGAAGUCUAUGUGGAAGGUACUUGCAUGUUUGCUGUAGCUGUUGCCAGACAAGGAAAACUGAAUAUCCAAAAGCUGAAAGGUACUCGUAGUUGCCACAAUGGAGCCAGAUGGACUUCAGGUUGGAAUAUUCCUUUGGGCUUCCUUAUAGCUAGAAAUUACCUGAUGUGGGAUGAAAAUCAGCCCCUAAGCCAUGUGAUCAGUGAUUAUUUCAAUGCUAGCUGCAUCCCUGGCAUCGGAGUUACCACCCCUCAGCUAUGUGCUCUCUGCCAAGGGCAGAAGUCUUACAUCCGUGAGAAGAACCACUUCUGUGAGUCCAGUGGUGAUGAGCCCUUCUAUGCCUCAGAGGGAGCCUUCAGAUGUCUGAAGAAUGGAGUAGCAGAUGUUGCUUUCCUGGAUCAUCUGACAAUAAGGAAUGCAACAGAGUCAGAACAAGAAGAAUAUGAGCUUCUGUGUCCUGAUGGAUCCACAGCAUGUUUGAAUGCCUAUGCCACCUGCAACUUGGGCCAUGGGCCAGGACAUGCCAUUGUUACUCGCCAUAAUUUCCAGAAGAUCACCAAGAAAUUUCUCACUUUGAUCCAGAACCUAUUUGGAAAGAAAGGGAAGGAAAAGGCUAGGUUUGAACUGUUCACUUCUGCACCGUUCAGUGGAAAGAACCUGCUAUUCCAUGAUGCAACUCAGUACUUGCAGGUAGUUGAAGAGGAGGCUGAACUCAGUCAUGUUCUUGGCUUGGAUUAUGUUGCUCUCCUGCAGGGUUUGGGGCAUGAAGGAAGUUCCCUAUCCAACAGUCUGGUGCGCUGGUGCUGUAUUAGCAGUGCUGAACUCCAAAAGUGUGAGGAGUGGGCCCUGAAUGUCAAGUCGGACCCUCUGGUCUGUGUCCAAGCAGACUCUAUGAUCAACUGUAUCGAACUGAUCAAGAACAAUGUGGCAGAUGCUGUUACACUAGAUGCCACACAUGCCUAUUUUGCCAAGAAGUGUGCACUAGUUCCUGUUGCUGCGGAGUACUAUGGGCAGGAAUCUACAGAAGCUGGAAGAGAAGGACAAGAGACACUGACUCCCCUUACAGCACUGCCUCCCAUCUACACAGUUGCCUUGACAAAGAAGAAUGACAAGCACAUAAACAUUCACAAUCUGGAGGGAAGGCGCUCCUGCCACAGCCAUGUGUACAGUCCAGGAGGAUGGCUACUUCUUUCUCAGUACACUGUGGGGGCACUGGAGAAUGAGUUCCUCAGCUGCAACAUCAGCUCUGCUUACCAGGAUUACUUUUGGAAGAGUUGCAUGCCAGGAGCCAAUGGGAGCCUUUGCAAAGUCUGUAUUGGACAAAAGGAGAUGGAAGGAGGCAAAGGAUUAGCCAGGUGUGCUGCCAAUCAUAACGAACGCUACUAUGGAAACAUGGGUGCUCUCAGAUGUCUCCUUGGUGACCCCAGUGGGAGAAACUUUGGCGAUGUUGCUUUCUUGGAACAUCAUAAUCUGCUGCAAAAUAUUGAGUACUUGGAAAGCUCAGGCUGGGGGACAGGAAGCACUCCCAGUAACUUUGAACUCUUAUGCCUGGAUGGACAUCGUGCUGCUAUAGAGGACUGGAAGGCCUGCAGCCUGGGCCCUGUUCCUCCUAACAUAGUGGUGACACGCUCAAUGGCUGUUAGUAAGGUCAAUGAUUUCCUGCGUCAAUCACAGGAUCCAAGUCUAGGGUCUACAUUUCGGCUCUUCCAGUCACAACAGUAUGGAGAAAGUGACCUGCUCUUUAAAGAUGCCACUCACUAUCUUGUUCCCGUAAACCAUCUGGAUUAUGAGGCAAUUCUUGGAUCAUCUUUCUUCCAGUUUGUAGAAUCUGUCUUCAACUGCACACAUGCAGACAUCCUUGACAUCUGCAAACAAGAUACUUGCACCAGUGCUGCCCCACACUGAAUAUCCACUGAUAAACUCCAUGGACUAGACUGGCUGAAGUACAAUGUGGUGUAAAGCUGGUUACAUUAACUUACAUGAGGACUUUGGGUAUAGAGCAGCUUGAUAGGUACAUUUUAAAAAAAAUACAAAAUGGAUUCCUUUUUUGCCUGUCAGAAACAAGGUUACCAGUCCAGGGAAUAAAAUUGUAUCUAUCAACUUAACAAAA